AUGGGUCGUAUGCACGCACCCGGAAAGGGUAUAUCCCAAUCGGCGCUGCCUUACCGCCGUAGUGUGCCAACUUGGCUAAAACUUACACCGGAGGAUUGUAAGGAUUUGAUCUUCAAACUUGCUAAAAAAGGGCACACCCCCUCACAAAUUGGGGUUAUUCUUCGUGAUUCUCACGGAGUUGGUCAAGUCCGUUUCCGAACUGGAAACAAAAUUUUGAGAAUUGUAAAAAGUAUGGGUCUGGCUCCCGAUUUACCGGAGGAUUUAUAUUAUUUGAUUAAAAAGGCUGUCUCUAUUCGAAAGCAUCUCGAACGCAACCGAAAAGAUAAAGACAGUAAAUUUAGAUUAAUUUUGGUAGAAUCCAGGAUUCAUAGACUUGCUCGUUACUACAAGAGCAAGGGGAGUCUCCCACCAUCAUGGAAAUACGAGAGUUCCACAGCUAGUGCUCUUGUAGCAAAAGGUAUUUCCCAGUCGGCUUUGCCGUACCGCAGGAGUGUUCCUACUUGGUUAAAACUUACACCGGAGGAUUGUAAGGAUUUAAUUUUCAAACUUGCUAAAAAAGGACACACCCCUUCCCAAAUUGGUGUCAUUUUGCGAGACUCACAUGGUGUGGGUCAAGUACGUUUCCGAACUGGAAACAAAAUUUUGAGAAUUGUGAAGAGCAUGGGACUCGCCCCUGAUCUACCUGAAGAUUUAUAUUAUCUUAUCAAGAAGGCUGUGGCUAUUCGCAAACACUUGGAAAGAAACCGAAAGGACAAGGACUCUAAGUUCCGUUUGAUUCUUGUGGAAUCAAGAAUCCAUCGACUUGCUCGGUAUUACAAGAGCAAGGGUUCACUUCCACCAUCAUGGAAGUAUGAGAGUUCGACAGCUAGUGCUCUUGUAGCUAUUUAUGAAAGACAGUCUGGGCGGAUUAUUGACCCUCAUUUGAGCACAAUAUUGUCGGGCCGCCAGGUCUCUAAAAAAGGUUCCCAGUCAUUAGGGAGUUGGGAAAUUCCCUUGCCAGACUCAGGUAUCCAGGUAUCCAGCAUGGUCGGAAAGAGCGAGCACGUGGCCAACGCUUCGAGCCGAAGUAUACCUGAGAGAAGAGCAGCCGAUUGA